CUCAGCAUCCAAGAAGCCAGCGGAAGUCAACAUGUCGAGUCUACACAAGAACAAAAUUGCAGAGUUCCAGGGCAUUCUCAGUGAACCGCACAUCAAACUGCUUGUGUUGAGGGAACUUUGCUUUAACGGAAUCCCUUUUGAAGGAGGCAUCCGGUGUCUCUGUUGGAAGAUCCUGCUCGACUAUCUCCCCACAGAACGAUUAUUAUGGGAUUCUGUUCUUGCAAAACAAAGGGAAACUUACACCCACUUCCUGAAGGAGAUGAUCAUCCAACCAGGCAUCGCCAAGGCCAACCAUGGCUUGUCCAGAGAAGAUGUCACUUUGGAAGACCAUCCUCUUAAUCCUAACCCGGAAAGUCGGUGGAACACAUACUUCAAAGAUAAUGAGGUGCUCCUACAGAUAGACAAAGAUGUCAGGAGACUAUGUCCCGACUUCUCAUUUUUCCUGAACCCCACGGAAUACCCCUGCCAGCUAAUCAUGGAUCCGGAGAAUGAGUAUGAGACCCUAAGGAAACGUGUGGAACAGACAACGCUAAAGUCUCAGACCGUGGCAAGAAACAGGAGCGGCCUUACUAAUGUGAGUUCUCCUAUGAAGACAUCAGCUUCUCAUUCGCUGGGUGACCUGGAGCCGUUGCCCAGUGGCUGUGAAGCCCACUGGGAGGUAGUAGAACGAAUACUUUUCAUCUAUGCCAAGCUGAACCCUGGCAUCGCCUAUGUGCAAGGCAUGAAUGAGAUAGUCGGGCCAAUCUACUACACAUUCGCCACCAACCCUAAUAGCACAUGGAAAGAGCAUGCAGAAGCAGACACCUUCUUUUGCUUCACUAACCUAAUGUCGGAAAUCCGGGACAACUUCAUCAAAAGCCUGGAUGACUCUCAGUGUGGAAUAACGUCUAAGAUGGAGCGAGUAUACUCAAUGCUGAAGGAAGAAGAUGAGGAGUUGUAUCUUAAGCUGCAAGAAGAGAACAUCAAGCCACAGUUCUUUGCCUUCCGCUGGUUGACGCUGUUGCUUUCCCAAGAGUUUGUGCUUCCUGAUGUUAUUCGUAUCUGGGAUUCCCUAUUUGCUGAUGAGAACAGAUUUGACUUCCUUUUGAAAGUUUCCUGUGCCAUGCUGAUAUUGAUCCGUGAUCAGUUAUUAGAGGGAGACUUUACAGUGAACAUGAGGUUGCUCCAGGAUUACCCCCUGUCGGCUGCAGAUGUGCUGCCCAUCUUGAAAAAAGCCAAGGAGCUUCAGGAUUCUAAAUGAGAAUGUGUGGACAGGCCUCACCCUCAGGGGAGCCAGUUCAACUUUAUGGCUGACCAUGACUCUGCAACACAGUGACCUGUGCACUUCACUCCAUCAGCCUCACAAGAUCAACAUCACAGUUACCGCUGAUCCAAAUUUGUUUGAGGACAGGUCAGCUAUCUUCCAAACUUGUUACAUGGACAGACAUGUUCAGUGAAGUGUUACCAUGUUAAGCAUGCCUUGUACACUCCUAAAGGAUUAUUCUACAGGUGUAUGGCCGGGACUUGCCGUGCUCUCCCAUGUGCCUCUGCUCUGGCCGUUUAUGACCAGCCAAUGCACUAGAGACAUUUUCUGGCCUUGGAGCGGCUUUGUGUAAACCUGUUCAGAACCCUGAAGUGCUCAUCAUUGUAUGCCAGGUGUUAGAUGGCUAUAUUGAUGACAAUUGUAGCAACGAGUUGCUCAAGGGGAAGGCCAAGGUGCAUCCAAGCUGUCUCGUUACUUGGGCCUAAGCCACUAAGUGUUUCUUUGUUUAAAUUUCAUGUUGCAUUUCAUAAGAGAAAGAAAUUGAUUUUUAAUGAGGUUGUGUAUUGCUCAGAUAUUAUUUUAUGGGUUUUAAUGACUUUUCUGUUUG